GCAUCUUAUCAUUGUCAGAACCUGGGAGGGUGCAAGAACCCUUUCUUACCAUCUAUCUUUAAAAACGCUCAUAUUAGCCAGCUCGUGUAAUAACAGCCAUCUCAUUCAUAAUGUCGUCAGCAUCAAAACCAGAUUACCCUCCUUUGGCCCUCCUAUCCGACGACCGUCUAGUCGCUCUCCACUCCGCAAUCCGAGACUGGCAGCUAACUCACGGAUCGCUCAUCAAGAUCGGCAACUGGGACGAUGAAGAUAACAUCCGAGCCCGACCGAUCGGGACGAGCAUAUUUCCAACGCUCUUCCCACGAUCUAGAUUUGAAGAGGCGCGCCAACUCCAGAAGGACUACAACGAGCUCUACGCCGCAGUAGCCGAAGAUGACACCUGGCUUGCUGAAGUCCUACGUGAUAUGCUAGUCUCGGAUCCUUUCGCUAAAGCCCUAUGGAGCGUGCAUCUGAAGGCGAAAGAAGCUGGCUACAUCCAGCCUCUUACCAUGGGGAUAUUCCGGUCAGACUACAUGCUCCACCAACAGCCAGUCUCCGCCAUAGAUCCAUCUCCAGGGCUAGCCAUCAAACAAGUCGAAUUCAACACCAUGUCCUGCGCCGGCGGCACCCACGCCAGCAUCGUCAACACCAUGCACCACCACCUCACCGCCACAGGCCUCUACACCACCCCUCCCACCCCCCCCAACCCAAUCCACCCCUCCGCCCUCCCGACCACCUCCACCAUCUCAAACCUCGUCUUCGCCCUCGCCACAGCCCACGCCGCCUACGGCCCCCCCAAAACCGCCCUCGCCACAGCCACCGCCAUCCUCAUGCCCGUCCAGCCCUUCAACAUCAACAUUUGCGACGAGCGGCCCCUCGAGUACGGCCUCUGGGCCCGCGCCCCGCCCAUUCCCUGCCACCGCGUCGACUUCCCGACCGACUUCCUCGCGCGCACGACGCGCGCCGAGACGGGGGAGCUGCUGUUCUACCCGCCGCACAGCACGCAGCCGGUGGAGGUGUCCGUUGCGUACAUGCGCGCGGGGUACGACGCGGGCGAGCACGACGAGGAAGGGAUGGAGGCGCGGGUGAGGAUCGAGACGUCGCGGGCGAUCAAGUGUCCGAGUGUGCUGGGGCAAUUGGCCGGGUUUAAGAAGGUGCAGCAGGCGCUUGCGGGGGCCGGGGUGCUGGAGCGGUUUUUGCUGAGUGGGAAUAAGGGGAGAGUGGAGAGGAUUAGGGGGACGUUUGCGCCGAUGUAUCCGUUGGAUGAGACGGAGGUAGGGCUCUGGGCAAGGGGACAAGCGAGGAGGAUUGAGACGGCGGGGCGGUAUGUACUUAAGCCGAGUUUGGAGGGGGGAGGACAUAAUGUGUAUAGGGGGGAUAUACCGGAAUUUCUGGAGCGGGCGCCGGAGGCGGAGUGGCGGAAUUGGGUGCUGAUGGAGAUGAUUGAGCCGCCAAAGUUGAGGAAUGUGCUACUAUCGGCAGUUGGCGUGCAUGAGGGGGGUGUGGUAUCUGAGCUUGGCAUAUUCGGGACAUGCAUCUGGAAGAAGAGAAAGGGUGGAGGAGCAGAGAUAGUGGAAAAUAAGCAGGCGGGGUGGAGCUUCAAGACGAAGGCGGAUAGUGUGGACGAGAUGAGUGUGGUAAAGGGGUAUGGGUGUUUUGAUACACCGUGCCUUGUGGAAGAUCUGCUUUAG